ACCACUUAUGUGCACCCCUGAUUAUAGCUGACAUUUAUUUUCAUUAGAUUUGACCAAGGCAAUCGAUGAACAAACGUUUCUUCUGUCACUGACAAAUUUUCUGUGUCUUUGCAGUAAUCCAGAGUAUAAAGACACACCCAUGGACAUUGCCCAGCUGCCAAACCUGCCUGAGAAAGCUUCAGAGUCGUCUGAAACUUCAGACUCUGAGUCCGAGUCCAAAGAAAACUCAGACAACGAGAACACCAAGGCAGAGGAGAAGCCCGGCCACCAAACAGAACACAGUGAGGACCCAGAGACAGACAGCAAACGUCAGCAGCAACCCGGCCAGUCACACUGUUCAUCUGAACAAGAAAUGAAGCGCCAAGAAGAAGGAGAUAGCUCAAGUAACCCUGAGAGCCAGGACAGUGAUGACAGUCUGGAACCUUCAGAUGGAGAGGGUGAGGAGCAAGAAGAGGCUGGCAGAGGAGGUGGAGGGGGAGGUGGAGGUGGAGGAAGGUUGGGAAGGUUAGCAGGGCUUGGAGGAUUAGGGAGUCUGGGUGCCAUCGGUGGACUGGGUAACCUAGGUGGGCUUCAUAUUAAAGUAGAGCACUACGGAGAAGGGGAAGACGUACAGCUGCGUAGCUCCCAAACGUCUUCAUCAGAAGAGGAAGGAGAAGAAGAAGAGGAGGAUGAAGAAGAUGACGAGGAUGACAAUGGGUGCGUGCAAGAUUGUGACAGUGUCAAUGCUGGUAGCAAGCUGCAGAAAAGGCGAAAGAGGAGGAAAGUGCAGAAAUGGGAUGGCUCACGAAGCAGGAGGCUUCGUCUGUCUUCAACUACACCCAGUCCCAUAGCAAUAGGCGAUACCACUCCGCUAGUCGACCCCUCCCAAGCCACAACCGCAACCUCCACCCAUCUCUUAGCCUCAUCUGGCUCCCCAAACAGUGCAAAUGCAGCAUCCUCAGUUCUGAAGAUUAAGACAGAGAUGGCAGAACCAAUAAACUUUGACAAUGACAGCAGCAUCUGGAACUACCCUCCCAACAGGGAAAUUUCCAGAAACGAGUCUCCAUACAGCAUGACCUCCAAGCCAUCUGCUCCAGGGAGCCACGAGACCUUCCCCUCACCACAGGGAGGAUCUCUCCAGGUAGCCAUUCCUGACUCUGUCCUCACCCCUCCUGGAACUGAGGGAGGAGCAGGAGGAGUGAGGAAACCCCCUUACAAUGGAAGCUCAGCCCCAUCCUCUGCCUCCAGCGCUGUAAGCUUAGCUCCUCCUUCCAGCGCCUCCUCUGCCGACCCCCUAUCCCCUCCCCUUUCUGCAUCCCCACGGGACAAGCAACAAGGCACUCCCACCACCUCUUCUUCCUCAUCUUCUUCUUCAUCCUCCUCAACCUCUUCUUCUUCACUGCUGUACUCUGGGGACCUUGAAGCACUUCAGCGCCUGCAAGCUGGUAACGUGGUGCUUCCGCUGGUCCACAGAGUCACAGGUACUCUGGCCUCCACCAGCACGACAGCUCCACGGGUCUACACCACUGGGACCAUCAGGUAUGCGCCAGCGGACGUAACUCUGGCUAUGGCACAAGGCAACCUCCUCCCUAAUGCUGCCAUGAACUUUGUUGACGGCUCAGGGUUCGGCCUGGACCCUAAGACACCCAUGGAGAUGCUCUACCAUCAUGUCCACAGGCUCAACAUGUCUGCUGCGGCAGCUGCUGGCCCCUUUGUCGGAUCUCCUACUGCCACAGGUGGGAACGGUGCCCUUGGAGGUCAGAUGCCAACAACAGCCAAUGUUUUCACCACGGCAGAGGGACUGUUCUCAACGCUACCAUUCCCAGUGUACAGCAACGGGAUCCAUACCACGCAGACAACACUGGAGAGGAAGGAGGAUUAGCAGAAAGUAUCCAAGACCGCAUUACUGUGUUUUCGGAAUCAACAACUGUGUCAAAGACUGCUCACUAGUAAAUAAAAAUGAAAGACUAUUUACUUGUUUUAUCAACACGGUUUAGCACUGUGUUUCCGAGAGAAGAGAAAGGAAAGGAUGACAGAUGUACUCUAGCACUUUGAAUCUCAGAAACUGAGCUUGCGUAACAGACGUGACCCUCAAACUUGUCCCCCUUUUCUAUCUGUUUUCUCUCUCCUCCUCAUCCUCUUCUCCUCUCUCAGUCUCUCGCUUUGCUCCCGUUUCUUGCGAUCAGCAACUCUUUUCUCUUGAACAAAAAAACCCCAGACUAUUCUUUAUUGUAAAGAACCCCUUUUUUGCCUACAGAGAAUUCAUAUUGCCUAAGGACUCAGUUGGAGCCUGAUGGGGAUAAUUUUUAUUAUUUGACUUGUUUCUGUUGCAUCUUUAUAAAGAUGUGGAUUGUGUGUAUUUAAAGGAGGACGGUACAGGGAUUUGUAACAGACAGAGAACUCUAUGUGGCGUUCCUUCUUAUGUAUCUUGAUGUGAUCAAGGCUUGAAAAGAACGUUUUUAAACCGAGAGGACGGUGCUCUCUUGCGCCCCACAAAGGUCUCAGAGAUAAUCUUUUGAAAAAAGGUUUUUUGAGAAAGUUUCUCAAUUGAGGGAAUAGUUUAGUGAAUUAAUGCUGUUUUUUUCUUUUACUUUUAUCCUUUUUUUUAUAUAUAUAAAAUAUUCUAGCUCAGAUUUCACUUACGAAUCAAGCAUUAAAAAGAAAAACAAAAAAAAAAGCAAUUUCAGCCGGGUAAUGACCUGUGAAUUAUCGAAUGUUACUACUUCCUCUUUUAUCCCAGGAGUUUACCUACAGGUCUCGCACCAAACAUAGCCUCCUCUACACCUCUUCCCAUCUCAAUCUGUCGCUCUCUCUCUUAUCUUUCACGCUGUCUGCCUGACCUUUCAUGUUUCUGUCCACAUUUCUUCCUGUCAAUUCUACAGAUUUGUGGUGCUACCGACCGUCCAGUAACCCUGAUUCAGCUGGCUGAUGUGGGUACUGUAAACAAACCCACAGCUCGUUGAUAGACUGAUAUCAUUUUUUUUAUUUUUUAGAGGGGGGGAAAGAUUUUAAAGUUUGUUUUUGUUUGUUUGUUUGUUUGUUUGUUUGUUUGUUUGUUUUUCUGACCUUCAGGAAAGUCAGAAACACAGGAAAAACCUGUAAAUCAGCAACAUUAUCUCCAUGUUUCACCUACAUGUCCCUCUCCAUUCUGAUUGGGCCACAAGGGGCAGCGCAACAUGGAGUUGAUUGGUUGAAUUUUUGGCUGUACAGUGUUGUUUUUAUUUGUAUGUAUUUUUUUUAACUUAAUCACAUUAAAUGCUCAGUGAGACUGAGUCUAAUUAGCUAGCAGCACUAACUUAAGAAAUGAAUGUUGACAACCUUGACCGGUUCUUGUUUAAUCACUGUUUUGUUAUGCAGUUACUUUAUUCCUUGCUCCCCCCCCCCUCUCUUCUCCUCUUCUUCUUCCUUAACCAGAACCACCUCCGCAAGAUAUUCCUAAAAAAAAAAAUCCACUCUCUUCCAUCUCAUCGCCGGACCCUGUGAUUAAAAACCACAUAUCAAUAAGGAGAUUGUAAUAAAGACAUGCAUUUUCAAUCAAUCUAUCAAACAAUCAAUCUAAUAACUAUAAGAAAAAAAUGAAUAUGCGUUUGUUUUUUUGAGGAAGAAAAAAAUCACAUUCCUUUAAACAAUGUUGUCUUUGUCAUUGUUCUUGUGUUUCGUGUUCUUUUCUUCCCCGAGUCUACGUUGCCAAAAAAGAGAAAAAAAAAGAAUUGCUUAAUCUCACAAGUUUAGUGUUUGAAAAGCACUGUGAUUCUUGUUCAUUUGUGUUUUUAUUUCUUCUACUUUUUUGGUAAUAAGAGAAAAAAGAGGAUAAGUAAUAAUUAAAACAGUAUAAAAACUGUCACACCAUCCAUCUUUUUAAAGCUGACAGCCCCGUCUUUGCCAUCCUGCCAUCCUUAUUACCCAGUGUGAUUAAGACGUAAAAAUGUGUUACCAAUGUGUUUAGUGUCACUGGCUGUCAAAAAGUCUUUCAUGGCGACUUCUCUCUCUGUGUGUGUUGACUAUAUGCAGUAUAUACUGAGCUACUGUAGCUGUUUUUGUCCUUUGUCUUCUCUGUGCUCUAUCUCUAGUGUGGGGGAAAGGAGAGGGGAGGGGCUAGAGGGAAAAGGAGGUGGAGUCUAUGGGAUGAUUGACAUCCCCCCAAAAAACAACAGCUCCUUGUCUCUCUUACUCCUUCUCUUUGUCUUUCUCCCUCUAUCAGCAGUCUUAGUGAAACCAGUGGAGGUUCGUGGAAUUUCGUGUUCGGUGGCCUUUGCAAAAAGCAAAAAAAAAAAAAAAGUUUGCAGAGUCCACCUUUUCUUUCGCUGCUUCCUUUUUGUCUUUGUAAAACCUUUUGAUUUUGUUUUCUAAUCCUUCUCUAUCUUUCUCUCUGCUAUUGCUUUUUGCUGUUGUGUAGUCUUAUACAAACCUCUUUAUCUCACUGUCUUUUCUCUCAGAGAUGAAAAGAUUCUCUAACUAGCUCAAAGGUUUAUGGAGCCAUGUUUUUGCCACUAAGGAAUUCUGGGAAUCAAAGUUUCCUGCUAUUAUUAGAUAACUAAUAAAUAUUUACAGUAUAUUAGAAACAAAUUAUGACAAAGAAAAGCCUAAAGUAAGAUUUUAGCUGUAGAUUUAUGACCCAGACAAAUGCCUCAGCUGUGAAACCUUUUCCCAGGAUCCCUUUGGGCUUCUUGUGUGCAUUGGGUGUAUUUCAUUGGUUCCCACCAAAACUUGUUGACUUCCUGCGCAAACUUCUCUCACGGGACAAACAAAGUUAAACAAGUGGUUCAUGGGGGAAGAAAAAAAAAUCACGGUAGUCUUUCAGGACACGUAAUAAAAAAAUGAUUUUAAAGAUUUCUAAAAUAACUAAAAGAAGAAAAAAAUAUUUCGCACUAUAAAUCUAUUUUUAUAGGUGUUUUGGAAAACUGAACUGCAUGUUUAGUAAGUUUGUCCGAUGCAUUUCUCAUAGUCGAACCCUCGUUUUUUGUUGUUCUGUUUGUUUUUAUUUUCAGUUGAGCAGUUUCUUUUUUCUUCUUCUUCUUUUUUCAAAGUCUGUCGAGCCCAGUCUGUUAUCAAACCGACCCGGGCCUCUCAUCACCCCUUCACAUCAGGAAAACCAAUCUGUAGGUUGUGUGCUGUCUGUGAAGAAUCGAUGUCUUGUUACUGCAACUAAUGUGUACAACAACGAAACAAAUCCAGGUUAAGAAAUUGAACAAUGUGCUUAUUUUGUUUUUGCGCUCAAGUAAGAGGAAUGUGGUUUGGGCCACCCGACCUGCCAGUUUAUUGUCGGGUUGUUUGUGGUUGAAUGUUAAAUUUGUCAUUUUGGGAGCAUUUUGCUGCUCCUCUAGAUUUUAGCAUUUUCUACUUUUUGGCAGUUUUGCAUGAAAAGUGGGGGGAUGGGGCAUAGGUGAAUGACGCUGCUGCCCCGUUUGGUAAAGAAUCGGGCACGAGAUAUAGUGUAGGUGGUGAUGACAGCGGUGGGUGUUGAUAGUGGUGCGGGGUGGGUGGGGGAAUACAUAACUCAGAUGAAAACCAGGAAAUACACCCACAUGUAACAAAAAACCAAACAGCCAGUCCAAGCUGUUUCAAUGUUUUUUCUGUGUUUUAUGUCGAAAAAUGAAAACUUUGCUGGUGAUUUUAAAAACUUAAAAACCUUAAUCACAUCUGCUGUCAAAAAUACAUAGUGUUUAAGAAAUACAAAUAUUGAAAAAUCACUUCAUUUACCUGUGAAAAAACUGUGUCUGUGUUUUUAACUAUUUCUUGUACAAUUAUACAGAUUCUUUUAUGAGGAACUUGGUGCCAAGUAGCUGAAAUACGGGAGAGAGGGAAUCUCUUAUUAUCAAUGUUAACAGUGUUAUAAAAUUCUAAAUACAAACAAAUUAAAAUAUUAAAAAAGAGAAAACUAUGGUACAUUUCUAUUUUUUUCCCCCUCUCAGAAGAGUGGGGGGAACUCAUGACUAACUGAUGCUAACUUUGAGUGCCUGGCUUAUUUUUUUUAUUAUUAUUUUUGAAAGACAUCUUUUUGAGUUCAUUUACCAUGAAUAAUGCUGCAAAUCCGAAAAUGUACAUACUUCAUUUUUAUAGCAGUUGUUCUUUUAUAAGUUUGCUAGGUUCUCAUCCGUUCAGAGGAACAUGUCAUAUACAUGGUUGUCUUUCUGUAACCCGGUUUUGACCAUCUUACAGGUGCCAUAUUCAUAAUAAAAUUUUCUCUCAAA